UUUUAAAAUAAAAAAUAUCAAAAUGGUCCCCGCUAGCUUUGAUUUUUCAGAAUGCGGCCCUCAGUGGAAAAAGUGUGGACACCCCUGCUGUAGGGUGUUUAACUUUAUGUGUUUGUCUUCAGAGGCUUAUUUCAUUUGAGUUUAUGUGUCGUGUGUGUGUGUUGGCAUAGGCUAUUCAACCCUGGCCAGACAUGGACAAAGAUGAGACUCUUAAAGGUACCAGUAAGUAGGGAUGAUGUUUGAUAAGAAAUUAUCGAGUUUGAGCCUAUUAUCGAAUCCUUUUAUCGAACCGAUUCCUUAUCGAUUUUCUUAUCGAGUCCAGAUAGGUUGUUGUAUGUGGAAAAAAACACAUAAUAUUUGGUUUAACACAUUGGAUCUUAACCUGGGUUCUUCGGCGGAGGUCAAGACACACCCGACUCAUCGUGUAAAUAAAAACUUCUCCCUAUCGGCGUAUUAUGGAUACGGCAACAGCAGAAGUCACACUGAUUUGCAGCAAGAUAUGAUUCCAGCAUUGCUUGGCCUCCACCCUUACUUGCUGGAUCUAUGAAAUUACAGAUUCCCGUUUGAAGAUUCUGCAUCACCUUCAUUCCUGGAUGGGCUCUUUAUAUGACAAUGUUAAGAAGGAAUACCUCAAGUCAAACCCAAAGGAUUGUGGAAAUGCAGUUUGCAAGAUAAUGAUUAUGUUGAUCAGCAAUGAAUUGUAAAAUCAGUUGAAAGUACGGGCGCUUAGACCUCGGUGGACUUCUGAGAUAAAAUGCUAAUGAAUAUGCAGGAGGUAUCUGAUAUGCCUAGGAAAUCUCAUACAUGUGAUCGUUUCCCAUCCUUGAAAGCCUUAUGGGGCUUGCUCUUUGGAAUAGUUUUUGCAAGUGCAUCUGCUUGUCCCACCGGCUGUCACUGUACAGAAAAGAGUGGCAUGACUGUGGUCCAGUGUAUGUCUCAGAACUUGGAGAAGAUCCCAUCAGACCUACCAAGUGAUACUGUAGCUCUAAUUUUAACAUCCAAUCGCAUUACCAAAAUACCCAACCAUGCCUUCAAAGAACUAAACUACCUUCAGGAGCUGGAUCUGUCUAAUAAUGACAUCGAGACUGUGGACGUUGCAGCAUUCCAGGGUGUCACAGACAGCCUCCUUGUUCUGGAUCUUGCCAACAAUCGUAUCCACAGUGUCCCGAAAGAGGCGUUUGACCGUCUCAAAGCCAAAAUCAAUCUGUCAAAUAACCCGUGGCACUGUGAGUGUGUACUACAGGAGGUUCUGCGGGAACUGAGGCUGGACCCAGAGUCGGUGAACGACGUGGUCUGUCACACAGCCGUACAGGAGGAAUACGCUGGCAGAUCCGUAAUCCAAGUUCUGGACUCGGGAAUUAAUUUCUGUAACUUUCAUCACAAGACGACAGAUAUUGCAAUGUUCGUCACCAUGUUUGGAUGGUUCACCAUGGUGAUUGGAUAUGUCAUCUACUAUGUGAGACACAACCAAGAGGACGCCAGGAGGCACCUCGAGUAUCUCAAAUCAUUGCCCAGUAGCUCUCAGAUGACCAAGGAUUUUGACACCAUCAGCACUGUUCUCUAGCAGGGCCACCCAUUACUCAAUUGUGUCUUUGUCUUGAAAUAUGUGAGUAUUUUUUUAUUUACUUUUGUAAAAAAAAAAAAAGGUGAGGUACUUACUUUAUCCAAUAUUGUUGUUUAUUAAGUCAAUUGCUAAUUGUAAUGGUUUUGUUCAAUCUUACAUAAUUGGCAAAGCUCAAAUUUCUGACAUAGAAAAAUGUUCUUUUGGCAAAUGUGUGGACAUUUUGAAGUAACAUUAUAGCUAUUGGAGAUGAUACAUUUUUCUCCCACUGGGCUGAAAUUACUAAAGCACACAAACUACAAGGCUGUGUGACUGUCACAAAGUGUAGCACUCCUUAGGCGUCUUCCAUCAGUACACUCGAGUCUUUUUGACCAUUUAAGGUAGAAAAAAAAUAAGAGUCUGCAUAAGACACUAUUAUGUCUAUGUCUGUCAUAUCUGACAGUUGUUACAAAAUGAAUUGUCAAUUUAUUUUCCACCACACCCCUAAUCCAUCAAAUACUCUAAGAAGGAGACCUUGUAAUGGUAACUGACAGUGACUCCAACAGGAAUAAAAUUAAUACACAUCAGUGACAUUAAUACAUCUCACAACAGCAGGUCGCAUCCCCCGAAGCAACAAUUUAAUGAUUCUGUAUUGCAUGCUAUGGCAGAACACAUAUCACAUAAUAAAAUAAUGCCCGCAUUGUGUUAUAUAGCCUAUUACAGUGGUUCCCAAACCAUUUUCGCUAAGUAACACCUCAGAAAACACUUGGCUUUCCAAGUACCACCAUAAUGACCAACAAUAAAGUACCGUAGCGUCGUAGGCCUAAAUGUUAAUUUAAAACAAGGCAGAGGUUUUAUUCAACAAGUAUGUUUAACGGUACACACAGUUUAAACAGUAACACUGUGUUUAAAGGCCUACUGAAAUGAAAUUUUGUUAUUUAAACGGGGACAGCAGGUCCAUUCUAUGUGUCAUAAUUGAUAAUUUCGCGAUAUUGCCAUAUUUUUGCUGAAAGGAUUUAGUAGAGAACAUUGACGAUAAAGUUCGCAACUUUUGGUCGCUGAUAAAAAAGCAUUGCCUGUACCGGAAGUAGCGUGACGUCACAGGUUGUGGAGCGCCUCACAUCUGCACAUUGUUUACAAUCAUGGCCAGCAGCAGCGAGAGCGAUUCGGACCGAGAAAGCGAUGAUUACCCCAUUAAUUUGAGCGAGGAUGAAAGAUUUGUGGAUGAGGAAAGUGAGAGUGAAGGACUAGAGGGCAGUGGAAGCGAUUCAGAUAGGGAAGAUGCUGUGAGAGGCGGGUGGGACCUGAUAUUCAGCUGGGAAUGACUAAAACAGUAAAUAAACACAAGACAUAUAUAUACUCUAUUAGCCACAACACAACCAGGCUUAUAUUUAAUAUGCCACAAAUUAAUCCGCAUAACAAACACCUCCCCCCUCCCGUCCAUAUAACCCACCAAUACAACUCAAACACCCGCACAACACACUCAAUCCCACAGCCCAAAGUACUGUUCACCUCCGUAAAGUUCAUACAGCACAUAUAUUUCCCCAAAGUUACGUACGUGACAUGCACAUAGCGGUACGCACGGACAGGCAAGCGAUCAAAUGUUUGGAAGCCAAAGCUGCCUACUCACGGUAGCGCGUCUGCUAUCCAACUCAAAGUCCUCCUGGUUGUGUUGCUGUAGCCAGCCGCUAAUACACCGAUCCCACCUACAGCUUUCUUCUUUGCUGUCUUCAUUGUUCAUUAAACAAAUUGCAAAAGAUUCACCCACACAGAUGUCCAGAAUACUGUGGAAUUUUGCGAUGAAAACAGACGACUUAAUAGCUGGCCACAAUGCUGUCCCAAUAUGUCCGCUACAAUCCGUGACGUCACGCGCAAACGUCAUCAUACGAGACAUUUUCAGCAGAAUAUUUUGCGGGAAAUUUAAAAUUGCACUUUACUAAUCUAACCCGGCCGUAUUGGCAUGUGUUGCAAUGUUAAGAUUUCAUCAUUGAUAUAUAAACUAUCAGACUGCGUGGUCGGUAGUAGUGGGUUUCAGUAGGCCUUUAAAAAAUUAUUAAACAAUUAAGUUAUUUUUUUGGCUUACCACUAGAUGGAGCUGGCCUAUUCGAGUCGAACCAUUGACUACAACAUCUUUUUGGUGUUGUUUCUUCCAAAGUAAAUAGGUUUUAGGGUUGCUAUUCCCCUGUUAAUGUGUGUAAUUGUCAAUUUUCAGCACAGUGACAAGUUAGACUAUGAGCUUAUUUUAGGGUUACCCCAGGAUACAGAAACAUGGCAGCGUGUACUACUAAAAAAAAGUGUUUGAAUUAUUGUGUGCCAGGUGGCACGGUCCAAAACACAAAGUAUGAAAUAACAAAGGGAUGUUGAAAGUUCAAACUAAUAAAGGAUGACGGAGCAAGCGGGGGAUAAUAAAUAGUGUAAGCACCGUGUAGUAAUUUAUCACAAGAACGACUAAUAGAGAAACAGAAAGAAAAGCUACAGUCGGACAAAUACGCUAGGCCAGGGUUGUUCUACUUCAUUGAUUUCUUAGCCACAUUUGCAGAAAACUAAGGACCCAUUUAGUCCUAAUUUGUGUAUUCCGAAGAAACAUUGUCCUCUACAAUAGACAUUUGAUUUUGGUUUAUUUAUUUUGUCAGAGUUACAGGUGCGCUCUGCUGUUUUUAACGACCUUCUGCCAAAAAGUUUGGCAAAGAUCACCUCUAUGAAAGCACUGCAGUGUUUUUAGGAAUCUGCUGUUAAAAUGUGAGUUUCUUACAAACUUUUUGAACUGAACAGGCAGGCCACUAGUUAAAUAGCUCAAAUGAUGAAGAAAAGAGGACCUAAAAUGGAACCUUGAGGAACACCACUUGUAAAACUAAAUUAGUAGAACAAAUUACUACUGACUGAAUCUGAAGUACACAAGACACAGCAAAACCUUAGUCACAUCAAUGGAAUUAUGAAAAAAACUAAACUACCAAAAAGAAGAGGACUUAAAGGGGUGUCUUCAGGCACGCCUCAGUUAUGUAAGUUUGGACCCCAGUCUUCUAUGUUUGCUAGCAAGGUUAAACUGUCAAUGUAAGGAUCUGCCAAUGUGUUUACAGUGGUCCAAGUUCCUCCGUACAACAGGAGCACUCAUGUUUUUCAGAAUUUGCUGCAAACACGUUUGUCUCCCAAGUUUUGAACUGAACUCGGGGGCCAGAUUGGUGUCAUUCCUGGGCCGGAUUUGGCCCCCGGGCUGCCAGUUGAAUAGCCCUGCGUUAAGCGCUGUGUUAUAAUCACAGAACAAACCGAAGACUUGAGGACUUGGGUGAUAGAAUACCAGAGAUAGCCUGUGGUCCGGGAGUGGCAGUAGCAACUAGCAAGGCGUAAUAGAUCAGGACUACAACAAGGAAAGCUCUAAAACUCACAGCUAGACAAGGAAUAUGUUAAAAUAUCCACAAAUUGGAAGAGUGUCCAAACACUGUGGAACACAAUAAAUCAGCGUCAUCUAAAUGAAAAUUAAAUGCUGCAUCUCAAGGAGCUGUACUAAUUAAAAAUUAAUUGACUAGUGCUGCCCCCAUUUUAAAUAAUUACAAAUCAUUCACAGCUGCACACCGCAGUUUCCCUCAACCGCAGUAAUACAAGAAAUAUCUGAAAAUAGAAUCCAAAAUAAAGAUCUACCAUACAUUCCAGACUAUAAGCCGCUGUUUUUUUUCAUACGUUUUGUACCCCGUGGCUUAUAAAACGGAGUGGCUAAUUCAUAGAUUUGUCUUUGCUAACGGCCAUAAUGUCUUGUGUUCAGUAGUUUUCAUUGAACACAAACAAAGACACUGAAAAGGUGUUAUUAUUUGUGCUAUGGCGCCAUGUUUUGGACAAGUUCGCUCACUGCAGGUGUUGAAAAUGUACUUCCUGUUUUGAUGCAUUGAACCAGAAGUAAAACCGUCCAUAGCCUUUCUGCUCGAAAUGAUUCUUCAUUGUUUUACAAUAUAUCGAAACAAUUCAUACUUGCUUAGCCGUCUCAUGUGUGAUCGUAAAAUAAGUAAGUAAACAUUAUGUGUAAAUAACUCAUUCACAACGUAUGUAUCUGCGGUUUAUAGUCCGAUGUGGCUAAUAUCCUGUAUAUGGAAAAAUAUAUUUUUCUUCUAAAAUUUAGCGGGUGCGGCUUAUAUACCGGUGUGCUCGAUAGUCCGGAAAAUGCAGAGUAUCCACUCAUGACACCUGUACAGUUCACUCAAGGUGUAGAUUUGACUUUUAAUGUAGCAUUGUUGUAACAGCUGCAAUUCUAGUCUUGUGUUUGACCGGUAUACAUUUAGAUGGAACACCCGAUUGUAUUUUGUUGUUAUGGAAACACCACAUUAUGUUACAUUUCAGACCAUCAAAUUUGGUGUACCUCUGUGAGGAAGAUGGAUUCACGUUACUACCGAUGUAGUUACCCUUACCAUGAAUUGAUUUACGUGGACCACGACUUAAACAAGUUGAAAAACUUAUUCGGGUGUUACCAUUUAGUGGUCAAUUGUACGGAAUAUGUACUGUACUGUGCAAUCUACUAAUAAAAGUUUCAAGCAAUCAAUCAAUCAAUACAUCUUCAAAAUAACGGUGCUUUUGAGGUGGUAGGACAAUUGCUAUUAAGCUACUGAUCUGUUGUUAGUGACACAAAAAAAUACACAAUAUCUGCCAAAUUAGCAUCAUUUGUUUAGUUUUUUAAGUCCUGUAAGCUUAUUCCUAGAUUAAUUUGUAUGACAUAUAACAAUGUGGCCAAUUUUACCUGAAAUAUAUCACUUCCAGUAAAUAUUUGUACUAUAAUGUUUCCCUAACUUUUAGAAAAAUAGCCAAUGCCUGUGUUUACACAGAAAGGUACUGUAGUUGAUCGUAGUGCAGUCGUCCUCUACCACAUUGCGCUGAAAAUAUUGCGACUUCAGUUUCAUGCAUUUUCAAACAUAAUAAUGACUGAAUAAACAUAUCAAUACUACAAUAGUGUUGGCAACUAGAGGAGACCAAAUCAGUCAGAAUUGUGUCCACUAAUAGGCUCAGCCUCAGGCAGCAUUACUGUAUUGAAAGAGUAUAAAGGUGACUAUAUGGAUGUUAUUUCAUGUCAAAGGGCCUCUCAUAACACUAAAAAAUGUAUUUAGAAAGUAUUAAACAGUGUUUUAUGCUCUAGCUAUUAAAAUAUUUGAUUUAUAAUUCAUGAUUCCUAUUUCCUGGAAAUCCAUUUAUUGCGCUCGUAAUUGAUUAACAGCGAUAAACGAGGGACGACGUGGCAACGGUGGCAAACUUACAGCAACGUCUAAACCAGGGGUCCCCAAACUUUUUGACUCGGGGGGCCGCAUUGGGUUAAAACAAUUUGGC